AUGGAUUUGGAAAUCGAAGAUCACGUCAAUGAGGCCGCUGCAUGGAAUAUGGUUGUUUACAGCCUGGCUUUCAUUGACAUCAGGCCAGUACCCACGCUCGGAUGGUCCACGAAGUACGACUGUUUCCGUGAUAAGGCUGGUGUUGUGAUUCUAUGGUUCAAACUUGGAUUCGGUGCCAUUUCGAUCCAUUCAUGGAUUCUAACCGUCGGGCCGGUCGCCACACCCGGUGCCGGAGAACUGGAUCACCAGGGAUCCAUGCCCUGGUGCAAAGAUGUAGCUGUCAUAGGUACCCGUGCAUGGAUGCAAGUCGUUCACUAUGGACCGAUGUUGAAAGCAUUAACGCGGGUUAAGGGUGACCCCUGGACGCUGGCGAGCGAUUAG